UUUUCAGUUGGCAAACGAUACGAAAAGCGAACGCAGUUCAGCGUAAAGUCGAAACGAAACCAAAAUCUAUUGAAAAUAAAAGUGUGCUCAAUAAUUUGUACUGGCCAUUUCUGAUACAGCUACCCGCUGUUUGUUUUUAUCAUUGUUGUUCUUAUUGCCCUGUGUUGUGGUAUUCAAAGUUGGCCACUAUCGGUUAUCAAAAAAAAAAAUCUAAUUGAAAAUAGCAAAAAAAAAAAAACGAAAGACAAAGUAUCGCAAAAUUAAUUGGCCCAUGUUACGGAGCAACAAUUCCCAGUACCCACGACCGUGUCCGUCCGGUUGAUUUAGUUGCUUAAAGCACGUCGCGCUUUCGAUACGUAGCUGCCGCCCACUCGACCAGAACGACGUUGCAAUAAGGGGCGUGUCAAUUAGCUGAUUCGAACUAGAUAGAAAGCCUAGCCAAAAGCCAAAAUGUACGGACAUCAAAGGCCGGGCAUCCGGAACUUUGACUCCCUGAAAACCUGGUCAAACUGGGCCGGAGCACUCGGCGUGGCACAAGCCUGCAUCUGGAUAGCUCUGACGAUAACGGCGAUCUGUGCGUACACCUGCCACGUCUAUAUAGCCAGCGGUACGACAUAUGGCUCGUUCGUGAAGACGAUCUUCUUCGAGGUGUACUUCCAUGGCAGUUGCAAGAUGUCGCUCGAUUGGUAUCAGAGCUUCAAUUCGACCAUACUGGACCAGGUCACAACGGUCUUUGAUCCCACCCAGGUUCUUAUCUGGGAUUGCGUUUACCUCGGCGUCUCGGUUUGCUGGCUCGUCGUCUCCAUCGUGCUCUUGACUUGCGUGCGGAAAGACGAUGUCAAGAAGACCCUGGGAGCUAUCUACAGUUGGGCGUUCUUUGUGGCCGCCAUCUGUGCGAUGGACUUGGCCUCUGGCGUCAUCUUUGGCGUCGACUAUGGCCGCUUCCAUGACAAGGCGUUCGAGUACAAUGCGAACAGCAUGAAUUCCGGCUAUAUCGAUCCGAAUGCGGCCCAGCUUAUUGCCGGAGGCGUCGCUGCCAUUGCCAUGAUGCUGAUCUCGUUCAAGGGCUUCAUCAUGUGGUACAUAAACCUGCAUUUGCUGAUCUAUUUGCUGGUGCGCGCCGUGCGAAUAGAACACGAUAAGGAUGGCUCGGACACGCUCUUCAUGCCGCGCAAGGAUUCCAAUGAUAUUCUCACCACCCGACCGCCCAUUCGCGCCUACGAGGAGGAGAAAGUGGAGGUGCAGCCGUAUAACAAUGAAGCCUUCAUGCCGGACACUCGCUCCACUGCGGAGACCAUCGAGGUGAACGAGGAGGCGAUUGUGCGAGCCGCCCAUAUGUCGCGUGAUGCGAAUCUGAUGGAUCGCCGUUUCCGCAGCAUCGAUGCCUUCCAGCAGUAUCCGGCGCCGAAUCCGAACAAUCGACCCGCGCGUCAGUCAUCGCAGGGUCCUGUGCAGGAGACGAUUGUUGUGGCGACAUCGGGUUUCCCGAUGCCUGAUUACUCGCCACAGCCCAGUCCCAAUGGCAUUUUGCGUUCUCACUACUAAAGCAGGGAAGCGGGCGCCGCCAAUGCAUUUCUACAUAAUAAUCCAUAUAAUUCUCAAAUAAUUCCCGCCCCAGUAAAGCCAGCAAACAAGUAAAGCAGAUAAAAUUAAGUAAAAGAAAAGUGACGCCAAUUGUAGUUUUUUA